GUAUUCCAGUAUAAUUGCGCACUCUCCGCAUUUAUUUACUAUAGUCAAAAUUCAAAAGGAAAAAAUGUCGGCAACCAAAGUGAUGGCGGUAUUAGUGAUGGUUCUAGCUGUCGCCAUGGCGGCAUCAACAGAUGGCAACAAGAAUAAGACGAAUUCCAGCCAUGCCCAGCACGUAGGUUCGUUGGUCGCCAAGGCCCGUCUGUCGCCCGUUAACGCCACCGUGAAUAACAUCACCAGCACCGAGUCGAAUAAGAAUUCAACCGCAGAAAAGACCGUGACGAAGCGCAGUGAUGGCAGCAUCGAUAAAAGCGAUGGCACCAGCCAAUUGAUGUCGGUGUGGUGGAGAUUUCCAACAGCCAUCUGGGAUUUUAUCAGCCAAGUCUUUCUCCAGCCUCUUCUGUCAUCAUUGCGCCGAUUGCUGUCCGUCUUUGGACUGUACAACGAGCAGAUGAUGAUGCCGCUGCCGUUGGUGGUGCCGUCGUCGUCGCCGUUGGACUUUGUCUCUCAGUUUGUGCCUCAAUUCACCACUCCGAUUAAUCCGAUGGUCGUCUGAUCAAUCAGCCAGUUUUGGGGCCAUUUUAAUUGAAAUUAUUUUGUAUGGGUGGUUUUUUAUUCAGUGCAAUCUGCUUUAUUGUAUAGCGUGUUCUUGGAAGUGCAAAAAAAAAUAAAAUAAACGAUGUUUUUUU